AUGGGUGGCGAACCGCCAUCUCGGUUUGUCCGACAUUUAUCCCGAGCACCGUCAUCCCUCGUCAACCACAACAGUCGAUUCCAACAACUCGAUUCCAACAACGUCCUUUCAUCACCGACAACUCUUCCAGCAACCCGACAGAGUUUAACAAGUCUCCCUGUUACCAUGUCCGACCCUCCGUCUCGCACUCUUAGCCUCCCAUCCUCAUCGCAGCCGGUCCUCGACUACGUCAUGUUCCCACACAUCGUGGAGCAAGUGUUGUCCCACCUCGAUAUCCCCACCGCCAUCGCCGUCCGCGCCACCUGCAGGCGUCUUCGCGACUGCGUCGAAAAGCGGCUGUUUGAGCAUAUCCUAGUGACGGCUGAAGAUAUGAAGACCAAGGUAGAACUGCGCUCGCCGUCCAAACCGUUCCACCGCCUCCCGUUUGUCCCUUACGACUUGGACCCGAUUCCGCCUCGCGAUUACGACACCGAUGUGCAGGAAUGGGAGCUCGACGCAGCAUUUAGACAAAAGGACCAGGAAGACUACGAAGCCUCGCUCCUCACGGCGGCCGGUCAGUCGCGCAAGUGUCAACUGGCUUUGACACGCGUUGUCGAUUGGGCGGGAGAACCGACGUUGAAACCACGUAUCCGUCUCACCAACGAGCUCCAGUCGGUCCACACCAUCAGGCGCAAUGGAAUUGGAGCAACCGUCCUUCCCGACACCUAUCUGCCCGUAGAUCUCGCCGUCGACUGGGUCGGAAUGGACAUACUUGGCGACUACGAGGAGCUCGGCAUCCAUUUUCCAGAAGGCACAAAACGCUACCACCUCCACGCCGUGUACGACAACCAGACACGUCUGGGGAACGACGCCUUCAGCUUCGACGUGCUGAUUCCGAAUUCCUUAGAUGAGUGGGUCAUCGUGAUGGAGCCCUCGGAAGUUGGGGAGAAUGAAAACGCGGAUGCCGACUCCGCCGACGCCAUGGGCCCCCUCCCGACCGACGACCUCACCUUGGACAAUCUUGGGGGCUUGACAGGAGUGGGCGAAACGCUGCCAUGGUUCGUCUGUAACGGCGGUAAAGCCGUUUUUGUUGGCUUCGAGCUAGUUGAUCCGCGCAUCCUGGGCAUGCAGACUCGCCUCAGGGGUCUCCUUCUCGUGGACGAGAUACGCCGCCUGAUCAACGACUAUAUCCGGCGUCUUGACCACUUGUGGUGGAGGAACCGUAUCAAGCCCCAAUUUCUCGGCAAGUGGGGCGACCAGGAGCAGAACGACGCCAUUGCCCGGGUCUCGUUCUUGACGCUGGACGCGUGGCGCGCUUCCAACCCAACCGACUUGCUUAUCAACGCGAAGCCACAGUACGAGGCUAUUGCACCCGCCAACUGGCUCAUCAACGCCAAGGAAGAGUACAGUUCCAGCAGGCGUCCAUGA